AUGGCAAGUUCCUUUGUAAAGGCCACAAAUGCCAAAGUACUCACUGAAUUGGAUUUUUCUGAUCGACAAGACUUUGAUGAUUCAAACCAUGGUUUUAUCUGUUCAGUUGAUAGCGGAGUCAUAAUGAACAAUUUUGGCUUUAAGGCCUUUAACGUUCAUGAUACUGAUUUCCUUGAAAAAGCAUGUCCAGAUACUGUCAACCCAUCACUUUGGAGACAAUGCCAAUUGACUCGUAUUCAUGGUCUUUUUGAAUUGAUUCCUGGCAAAUUGUAUCAAUUCAGAGGUUUUGAUAUAGCCAACAUGUCUUUUAUUAAAGGAGAUAAAGGAUGGAUAGUCAUCGACACUUUGUGUUCCAUUGAAGCAGCCGCUGUUGGUCUCAAAUUGUUACGAGAAAAAGUAGCAAAUUUACCAGUCACUGCCACUAUUUUGACGCAUUCACAUGGAGACCAUAUAAGAGGGAUGGAAGGGGUAUUAGAAGAAAAUACAUUAUUAGUUGUUCCAAAGGAUCUUUUCAAAAUGAAUUUCUCAGAAGAACUUCUUGGUGGAAUUGCAAUGGGGAGAAGAAGUUGUUAUCAAUUUGGAAAUUAUUUAGAAAAGAGUGAGAAAGGUUGGGUCGGGUGUGGUCUGGGGACCAUUGCAUCAUAUGGCACUCCAUCUACUUUCCAGAAAUUUGAUGCUAAAAAUCUCAUUGAAAUUUGUGAAGACAAAACUUUGGCAAUUGAUGGAAUUACAGUCGACUUCAUGUAUACUCCAAAUGCAGAAGCCCCAACUGAAAUGAUGAUGUACUUCCCACAAUUGAAGGCAGUUUGUACUGCAGAAGAAAUCAAUAGGACUCAACACAAUUUGUAUACACUAAGAGGUGCUGUUGUGAGAAAUGGAAAAGACUGGGCUAAAUACAUUGACAAUAUCUUAGCAAAAUAUUCUGAUAAUUUGGAAGUCUCUUUUGGCUCACACGACUGGCCAACUUUUGGAAACAAAAGAAUAGUCGAGUACUACGAGAAACAAAGAGAUAUGUACAAAUACAUCCAUGACCAAACCUUGAGACAAGCGAACUUGGGGACAACAAUUCAUGAGUUACCAGAAAAAGUUAUAUUGCCACACAGUUUGUCUUCGGUGUUUUAUAAUCGGGGGUAUUAUGGAACAGUACAACACAAUUGUAAAGGGCAGUAUCAAUACUAUCUUGGUUUCUAUGAUGGAAAUCCAGCUAACUUGAACCCACUAUCACCAGUGAAAUUAUCAGAGAAAUAUGUCGAAUCAAUGGGAGGUGAAGAGAAGUGUAUAGAAAUAGCAAAAGGUGCAUUUGAAAGUGGGGAAUACCAAUGGGCAAUUACUUUAUUAAAUCAUGUUGUUUUCAAGAAUCCGAGAAAUUUUGAAGCUCGAAAAUUCUUAGCAGAAGUCUACAGACAGAAUGCGUUUAUGCAAGAGAGCGCAGUAUGGAGAAACAUAUAUUUGACUGGUGCAAAGGAGCUUGAUGAUUUCAAAUACAUACAAAAACAAGAUGAACAGAAAAAUGAGACAAUAAAUGAACAAAUUUCGAAUGAAGGUAAUGAAAUUGCAAGCACACAACUACUCAUGAAAUUGCCUUUUAAUCACCUCUUUGACUUUUUGGGAGUUUGUAUGGAGCCAAUUUCCGUUGAAAAUGUGUGUGCUAUUAUUAACUUUAACUUUAUUGAUACACAAGAGACAGGAAGUGUUUUACUGAAAAACUCUGUUUUGAAUAACAGAGAAAAAAUGGACAAAUCGCCAACACUUUCAGUGAAGUGCACCAAAGUGGAUUUAGUGAAACUAGUUGUCCACAAACUUACAAAAGACGAAUUUUUAAAAACAAAAGAAACAGUUGUUGAGGGAAUCAAAGAAGACCUUUUCACGUUCAUAUCAGCACUUAAGGUCCCAUUCCCAGAUUUCCCAAUUAUUGAACCUUAA